AUGCAGUCGACAUGUCUGCCCGUCGGCUUUGGGUUAAGGGUUUCUGGGGUGUACAAUGAAUUGUAUCAGACAGGCCACUUUGAGACGAUGAGUGUAUCAGCAGAUGAGGACGAGCACAGCAUUGAAAUGCACUUGCCCUACAUAGCGAGGUUAUGGAAGAGUAAUUUCCGGGACCAGUUCACCAUUGUCCCCAUCCUAGUUGGGUCACUCACGCCGGAGCGAGAAGUACACUAUGGGAGGCUGCUUGCGCCCUACCUUGCAGACCCUCAGAGCUUAUUUGUGAUCUCCUCUGACUUCUGCCACUGGGGUCAGCGCUUCCGUUACACCUACUACGACCGCUCUGUCGGGGAGAUCUGGCAGUCGAUACAGAAGCUCGACAAGCAGGGGAUGAACUUGAUUGAGACUUUAAACCCGAGUGCCUUUACCGAGUACCUGAAAAAGUACGGCAACACCAUCUGUGGCCGCCAUCCUAUUGGGCGUCUUGCUCAAUACAAGCAUGGCCACCGCAUGUUGCUCAAAUUUCUGCAAUAUGCCCAGUCUUCGCAAUGCUACACUUCAUCUGAUUCUUCCGUGUCGUAUGCUGCCGCCUCUCUCAUAUUUGAAUAAACCUUAGGUGCCCUUG